GGCGGAGCCAAGCAGGAGGAAGUGGUCUCACUGCUCCAAGAAAACCGGUCACCAGCAUUCAUACUCCGGCAAUUUAUCCGAACUUCUCCAUCGCCACAGCUGCCCACAGGAUAAAUCGCACCGCCAAUCCUCCACCUGCGCAUAGUUUACUCUGCCAUUCACGUCUAGGCAGUGUGUUUAUGCGCCAAGAUCUAAAAAUAUCCGUGUAGGACUUGGAGAUUAACUGCUGAAUUAUAAUGGAGACGCAGAUCCAUGUGCCCGUAGGGUCUCCGGCAAUUACGAAAAUACCGGUUUUUGUGGACGAACACAAUGUCACGGAAGGUGCACUGAAGCUUAUAAAAGAGCUACGACCAGCGUGGGACACAAGCGAUGUUAAGACGAAGCUCUUCAAAGAUGGCACUACAAACAAGCUGGUGGGCUGCUAUGUGGAUGAUAGUCCAGAGGAUGUAGUGCUGGUGCGAGUUUAUGGGAACAAGACAGAGCUGAUUGUGGACAGAGAUAAUGAGCUCAAAAGCUUUCAGGUACUGCAUGCAAAUGGCUGUGCGCCCCGACUGUACUGCACCUUUCAGAAUGGCAUCUGCUAUGAGUUUAUGGAGGGAGACGCUCUGGGCACACAGGACGUCAGAGACCCUUCACUCUGCAGACUUAUAGCCAGAGAGAUGGCUCGUAUCCACGCCAUCCAUGCACACAAUGGCUGCAUCCCCAAAUCCAACCUGUGGAUUAAAAUGCGCCAGUACUUCUCUCUGGUGGCUACAGAGUUUACUGACCAGGCAUCUAAUAUCAGGAUCCAGCAGGAGGUCCCUAGUCAGGCAGUGCUGGAGCAGGAGAUGGCAUGGAUGAAAGAGCAUCUGUCCACACUGGGCUCCCCUGUGGUGCUGUGCCACAACGACAUUCUCUGCAAGAACAUCAUCUACAACAGCAAAGAGGGUCACGUGCGCUUUAUAGACUAUGAAUACUCCAGCUACAAUUAUCAGGCCUUCGACAUUGGCAACCACUUCAACGAGUUUGCAGGUAUGGCAGAGCCUGACUUUGAGCUUUACCCAAGCCGGGAAAUGCAGAUGGAAUGGCUCCGAGAGUACCUGCAGGCCUACAAGUUUUUCACCAAUAAGAGUGAGGAGAUCAGCCAAGCAGAACUGGAGACACUUUACGUACAGGUCAACAAGUUUGCCCUGGCAUCUCAUUUCUUCUGGGGAUUUUGGGCUCUGAUCCAGGCCAAGUACUCCUCCAUAGAUUUUGACUUUCUCGGGUAUGCUGUCCUACGUUUCAACCAGUACUUCAAGACCAAACCAGGAGUGAUGGCGCUUCAGGUCCCAGAAUAACUUCAGCUGUUUAAACUUAGAGACUUGACUCUGAGGGUCAGAGAUUGUAGUUGGACUUUAUGAUUUGGACCAACUUGGCAUUUCUUCUGCAAGUGCUACUUUUAAUUUCUCUUUCUGUAAGUCAGCUCCAAGUCAAAUUUUCAAACGUUUGAGUGUGUGUAUGGUUGAAUGUGUAUGGCUGAAUGUGUAUCAUCUAGUUUGUCUGGACUGAUCUGUCCUGCACUCCCUCUUUGGGCAGCUGAACCAGGUGUAUGGCAUCUUAAGCUGUCAUACAGGGACUAAACUGUCCAUGGCAGUCAGUGUAAGGGCACAGACUCUUGUACUGUGUCCCAGGCUGUGACCAAAACCUGUGCAGACUUUUCUCUGUGUAGUUGCUUCCGUCUUGGGAAGUGUUAGGAUCUGCUGGUUUAUUGCAGUGAAUCUACUUCUAAGACUUGUGUCUACUUACUUGUUUAGUGCAAACUGCUGCUGCUAACAAAUGUGAAAUCUGAGAUUUUUAUUGUGCACUACCGUGAAAUAGUUGUCUACAGAGACAGGUAUGGGUAAAGACAUCACUAUCUUUAGUAAGGCUGGGUACCUAUAAAUGUUUAUAGGUAUCAGUACUUGAAAAAUACCUGGUUUUCGGUACCAGAACCUCAACUGUAUUUUUUUCAGUAGCUUUUCCUGUAUUGAUCGUUAUAGAUGAAGCAGGUACUGCUGAUCCUAAUGAACAUUACAUGACUUUGAAAUGCAGCCAAUUCUAAAUAAGAUUGCCUCUUGCUCUUGUUAUACAAUUUUAGAAGUAGCAGUAGUUUGUUCCAUGUGAUUCACCUGUUCACAUGAACCUCUGGCCUUCAAGUCAAACUCAUGUUCCGACCACACAGUCACCCAUGUCAUUAGUUGGUCUUUAUCAUUUCAUCAGCGUUCAGCUUUCUAAUGUAGAGACAGGACAAGUUAAUUCACAGAGCAGUCUCUACAUUUGUGUUCCAGCCACCUCACUCAGUCUCUUGUUUCUACUGAGUGUGGUUGAAUAGCUUAAUUCUUAUGGCCAUUUCUGCAUGGACCUUUUUCCGCACAGACGUUUUUCUGCCUACUUGACUUUUAUGUUCACCACAAAUGCUUGGAUAACUUUUCCAUCAAACGUUUCCGAGCUUUUGAAAAAUCCCAACCUUCCUCACCUCUGCCACCGCACUGCCCCUGGAUUUAUUCAUUUAUCGAUACAGAUCCAAAUAGUUGUGCAUAUGAGCAGCUGCAUAUAAUAUACAUAUUUCAUUAAAAUAAAAUGAUAUAUAGAUCCUCUUAGUGUAGUGUACUACUUUUCAAAAUCAGAGAGUACAUCAUAAAGAAAAAGUUGGUAGAAAUAUCCAUAAAUCACUUUAUGUAUGAUAUCUGUCCAAUGGUCAGUUGUACCUGCAGGGGGAGUCACUGAGCUCUCAGCUUUGUCUUUUGCUGCUUGUCUCAAGUAACGGGACAUUUGAAUAAUUGACAUGUUUCAGGCUCUAGCACAGGACACCAGAUGACUGACAUUAGUAGCUACAUUAGUUUUCAGCCUGGCUUAUAAAAGUCAAGUUAACCUGAAAAGAACUUGCACCAGUGAUAUACCGUCAGUUGUGCAUUUUGUUUAAAACACUUUUGGUGCUUUAUAGAAUACAUUGGCAAAAGUAGGAUGGAUCAUCACAAAAACGGCAACUAAAUGUAAAGAAAGGCAUUGACAUGGACAUAGAAGGUCCAGUGAUUCUUUCUCAAUGUGGAACAAAAUGUCCAGUGGCACCACUGAGUGGCACAAACAUUAGCAGCUAAUUUUACUGGUCUAAAAAGUUUAUUCUCAAGUGAUCUGUUGCACUCUGAUUCUCAAGUUUACUUUCUCUUUGCACUGACAAUGAUGAUAUUUCAAGUGUGAAACGUUAUGUAAUCAGUAAUUUCAGGUUCAGUCACAGCUUGUUUCCAUCGAGAUGGUAUUGCUUUGCCUGGAAUGUUCCACAGUAUAGCAAUAUACUUUUGCAUAUUAAAUUGCAGGUGUUUUUGCAAAAAAUGCUCUUGGAAUAAAGUGACCUACUUGAUUCCAUGGAGAAAGAUAAGUUGUGGAAUUAUGGAACAUUUUAGGCAAAGAAAUUAUCCAUGGAGACAAGCAGGUGGGGCCCUCCUCCAUAAAAGUUACGUAGUGCACCUUUUGAAUAUGAAGAGGGUGAAUUUGUGAUGACCAAAAUAAAAUGAAGUUAAUGAAAAACAAUUGAGACCAAUAGAGAGAUUGCUAUGUUACCUUAAAGCAACUACAUUCUUGUAGCUGGACUCAAGUUCCAUACAAGCCAUUGAAGUUUGUCUACUUGAAAAAUGCUUUAUUUAUUGUGUGACUUCAACUUAUUGUCUGAAUGCCUCUGAAUAGUUUGCUUUGCAGUUACAAUAUUUUUGUUUGAGAAUGUACUAACUUAAUUAUGAGACACUGUAUACAUAACUGUUAUUAAUGCUGAUCAUUUUGUAAUGCUUUGACUGAACUGAGCUGUGAGAUCAUGUACUCGAUCCGGACUGGGG